AAAGGUAAUCAAAUCCCGCUCAGUCUUAAAAAAAAUUUUGGUUAUCCGCUCAUUACUCCCUCUUCUUCUCAUCUCCAUCGUGCGCCCUAAAUCCCCCAAAUAAAAGUUUGUUUUUCUUCAGCCGAAAUCCCCCAAAUUUCCCAUUUCCAACAACAGACUUCAAGGAAGAAAACCAGAAGAUGGGAUGGAAUCACCAGACAUAUCCCUGGAAGAAAUGAUGAAACUGAUAGAAGGGUUUGUUGAUAUCCUGGUUUUGUCUUCUGGGUAUCAAUCCUCUGGUCUUCCCGCUCACUGGGACUCUAAUAACAUCAAGCGAGGCUUUCAAUGGGCCCUCUUCUUUGAAAAUGUUUAUCAAGAGUCUAUUCAGGAGCUUGAUGCAGCUCUGUCCAAAAUGACAUCACAUCCGUCCUUUCCUCAGGUUCUGGUCUUUAUAUAUGCUGGUAUUUAUACAUGCUGCUUUCUUAUUUACUAAUUGUUACUCUUAGAAAGGCAAGAAGUUUUUUGUCGGAACACUUGCUCCAUAAUUUACCAUUGAGGGAUUCACAUCUAAGAGCUGUUAUUAUAGUAAUUGUGGAGAUGGAUCUUAGUGACCUUUCGCAGACAAAGCAUGACUGUCUCAAUGCAUAUUUGAAUAAUUUGACACUACAAAGCAGGAUUUGUACGAGGGAUACCAGUACAUCAUCUCCAGAUUUGACUCUGACUGUUCAAACCGAAAAGUCUGGUAUUGCUAAUUUUACUAAAAUUGCUCUUCAUGAACUCUUCAGGAGACAAUUUUCUGUGUCAUGCAUUUCAGUUAUUGAGGAAGAAUUGGAUUUUCUUUCUAAUGCCAUGAGACAUAGCAGCCGGACUGACUCUGACUCCAGCCUAUUUAGGGAGCAAAUGAAUCAUGAAAUAGUACCAGCUUUGUUGCGUCUGCAAGAUUCUUUAACAGAUCAAAUGCUUACUAUUUAUCACUUUCCAUAAAGUCUGAGCCAAUGCACAAUGGAAAAAGGUGUUUGGGCAGGUGCACAUUUCUGACAAAAGUAGAAAAAAUGAUCUGCACCAGGCAAUUGUAAGUUCGUUCUACUUGAUAUAAAUAGUAAUGAUGGAAGCUUGCUUUACCAUGGUUGAUGUGUAUCCUAGCAGUGAGUGUACCAUGGUUGUGCAUGGCAAUUACUUGUCUAGUUCUUGCACUUUAUUUAUUCUAUGUUUUUUGGCCGUCAUGUCAUGUGUCCAUCUAAUAUAGCUAUGAUAGAUUUUAAAGCCUGGGAAGUAUGAAGUUUUGGUAUGCUAUGGUCUGCAUUAUUUUCCUUUUGCAUAUUUGGACUUUGAAUGUACAUUGGUAACUUAGACAGUAUUGAGAGAAAAAAGAGAAAAAGUAAAGCUUAGAAGCAGAGUGUCAGUGUCACGAAAACACAAAUGGGGGAGAAGAUGGAUGCUGUUUGUUUUUAGUCUCUCUGUCAUUCAUUGUACUUUUAUGCCUUUUUUUAAAUAUUGUAUUUAUUAUUCAGAAAAAUAAUCAAUGUAAAGAAUAAUUUAGGGACUUGAAUUUUGUAGUUUAUUUUAAUUUGGUCUUCGAACUUUUUUAUCCAUAUUAGUUUUAGACUUGAUAUUUUCUAAAUUUUGGUUUGUGAUUAUAUGAUACUUUUUUUAUUCAUAUCAGUCCCUAACAUGGAUUAAACCAAUCUAUUGGCCCUUGAUUUACUGACUUAUUGCAAAAUGUAGAUUGCUAUGAUAGAAUCCUAUUUACGGACUAAUAAGAUGUUUGUAGACUACGAGGUAGAUAUACACCAUAUGUUCUUUCUUCUAUAGUACCUGAUUGAGAAAAGACUUUUAAGAGGAUUUAAUAUCAUUGAGUUAUUAAGGUUAAAGGUCUAACACAUAUGUGUUGUCAUCACUUGCUUGACUUAGUUUGUGUUUACUACAUCUGUUGCAGAGUAUCCUCAGCGGAGGAGAAAAAUCAUCUGCUAUUUUUAAAAUUGAUAUUACUAUUUUACUAUUUUACCUUUUUAAAGAAGAUCAUUUUUAUUUUUUUAUUGUUUAAUGUACCUCCCACGAUAGUAAAAAAAAAGAAAGAAAUAGACAAUAAGAUUGAAGUAAUUUUUUUCCAAAAUAAUCAGCAUGCAUGCAUGCAUGCAUGAGAAUUAUUCAUCGCCAUGUGCUAAAGACUUGGACUGUUUGUCAAAGUUUUCUUCAAAAAAUCAUGUAACUCACAAUGAAAGUUUAUACAUAUAUAAGCAUAGUCAGGCCAACCAAUGUAGAAAAAAACUAACAUGAUAUCAUCUUUUCUUAUUGCCCAGUAUUUAUUUAGCAAAUAUUGACUGUAAUAUUGUCAUGAUUAGACCAUAUUAUUUUUGGAAAAGAACAAGGUCAUUUCCACACAGGUAGAAGUGCAGUCCAUGCUCAUAGCCUGCUUACGCAUUUACAGAAAACAAAAAAGAAUUUAGGUAAAAUUUGAUGUUAAUAUUUCAGUAAAGAUUAAAUAGUUGUAUAUGAUAUUGAUAUCAUAGAUAGAUGAAUCGACUUAAUUUAAGUCGGUUCAACUUAUAAAUACUUCUAGUAUGUUUAUGCAAGGUAAAUAAUAUAGCAGAUUGGCAUGCUUGCUUAGACUACAGAGUUGGAUUCAAGGUAUGAUCUCUAUAAUUUAGGUUAGGCUCUGUAAUAUACUUCUGUUUAGUUGCUUCUUAUGUUUAUCAUUGGAGAUUUUAGAACUUUAAUUGAAUUAUUGAAAGUGGCUUAAUUUUUAGUUUUGCAAGUUUUUGUUGAUCAGCAAUUUAUUUAUUUUCUGUGUGUAGUAUUUUACUAUAAUCUUUCAUCAUGCUAUCCACCGCAGUUAACAAAUUGCUUGUGGAAUAUGUGAUUUGCCUUAUCUUUUUCGAUCUCAUUUUGUGUCUUUCAUAACUGGAUUUGUUAUAAUACUUCUUAUCUUGUGUGGAAGACUGCAAAGGUCUCAGUCUCUUUAAUUCGUUAUCUUAUUUGAUCAGGUGCUCUCACUUUGCCGAUCCAAUUUCUUUUUAUAGUUAUGUUUAAUUAUAAGUUGUUUUGCUCCUGGAGAUACAUCUCAGUGGAAGUUGAGCUCCAGCAUUUAGACCUGCAUGACAUGGUUCUUUUCUUUUUCAAGUUCUAAAUUGUUUAACAAUAGGUUCUUUGUUUUCUUAAGCAGGGAUGAUGAAGAUGAUUCUGUUGCCAAGAUGAAGACAGCUGAGGAAGCCUUGGAAGCAAAACAAAAAGUAACAAAUAGCUUGUCUGCUACCUGUUCUUUUUUAUUUAUUUAUCAUGUUUUAUAAUUUUGUGACAAAUUGUUCUUGGUACUCUGAAGAUAUUUAUGGAAAAUUACCCUAUGAUUCUAUUGUAUUUAUACUGCAUGGCUGCACCAUGUAUUUCUUAACUAGUUUGAUAAAUUUUAUGUGUGGUGUUUAAUUUUUUGUUA